UUUGAUUUGACUCAUUUUUUGUUUGGGUGGAGUUUUGCAGUGAUAUCAUUGAUAACAUUAUCAUUUGUAUGUGAUUUUUAUUAGACUACCAGAAACCAGAACAGUAUUCAUUUUAUUUCUUUUAAAAACGUAUUAUCUUAAAAGAAGGUGGUUGUGAAAGUGUCUGUAUGCACUUAUAUAUUCAAAAUAGAUAGUUUAAUAGGUAUCCUUGGGUUUUUAAAAUGAAUGAUUUGGACAGGCAGCUAGCCGAAUUGGCUUUGAUUAAUAAAUCUGAGUUACACUCUAACUCAUUGGGCACACCUGGAAAGAAAAUUGGGCCAGCAGUGCCACCUAAACCUAAGAAAGCUCAACCACAAAUUCCUCAAUCAUAUCCUUUAAAACAAGCAAUUGAACCAAGUUAUGCUUCCCGUUUGCAAGCACAUCAACUGUAUUCUAAUGUUCCAACUAGUAAUAUACAAUCGCACUAUUCAAAUGCACAGCCUCAAAUUUUAACCAACAAAUAUCACAUUGACAUUAACAAUUAUGCUAAUUUGCCCAAAAAUAAUGAUUCUGCCAAUCAAUAUGCCAAUUUACCCAGGAAUACUGGAUUGGUUAAUAACGCCUCGCCUCUAUCUAGACAAGGAAAUUAUGGCUCAAGUGUUCAAUCGAAUGAAUAUGCUCAGAAACAAAGUUCCUUACCAAGAACAAAUAUGACGACAAAUAGUUAUUCAAAUAAUGAAAAUGUGGCCUAUAGUAAUAUUCAGAUGGCACCAUCUAGAAAUCCGGAAGGACUAAUUUACAGUAAUUUAAUUCAUUCCCCAAUUGAUAGUGGUAAUAUUUAUAGCAAUUUGCCCUCAACGAACCCAUCUUACGCAAAUGGAGACGAUUUACCUCCACCGCCACCCCCGCUUGAUAUAUCCGCGGGUUUGCCAGAUUAUGCACCUUGUAGUGUGAAUACAAAUCUGCCUCCUCCACCGAAGGAACUAUUACCUCCUCCAUCUCCAGUUAGUUCUAGUUACAGCGAAUUGAGGAGGGCAACACAGCCGGGACAGGACUUCCAUAAUUAUAGUGUGGGUUCACAGUAUGGUGACAGCGAUUCUUUGUAUGGAUAUGGGGAGCUAUCUCAGUCAUCGUCCACAUACGAAUCCAUCUAUGAGCCAAUAAAUCCUCGUCCUCCCAGUCAAAUGUCGUCUCGUUCCAAUUACUCAUUGUACGCUCCUUACGUGAGUGGAGCAAGCAGCACUGCAACCGGCCCGAGUCAAUCGGUGAGUCGAUUGGGGCACAAUAAGGAGCAAGAGGUAGAUAAUUUGACUGACCUUUUGGUGCAAGGUAUGCGAGGAGGAGAAGAAAGCGAUAUCGAUCAAGAAGAUAUAUAUGGAAUAUGCGUUAAAUGCGGGGAAAAAAUUGUGGGAGAAAAUAGUGGUUGUACAGCAAUGGACCAAUUAUACCAUACUACAUGCUUUACAUGCCACCAUUGUGCUAUUAAUUUACAAGGAAAGCCGUUUUAUGCCCUGGAUGGUAAACCAUAUUGCGAAGAAGAUUAUUUGAAUACUUUAGAGAAGUGUUGCGUUUGCCAAAAACCGAUUCUAGAUAGAAUUCUUAGAGCUACUGGGAAACCGUAUCAUCCAAAAUGUUUCUGCUGUGUUGUAUGUGGUAAAAGUCUAGAUGGUAUACCUUUUACUGUAGAUGCUACUAAUAGAGUACACUGUAUAGAAGAUUUCCACAAGAUUUUUGCACCGCGUUGUUGGGUCUGUAAGCAACCCAUAAUGCCCGAACCCGGGGAAGAAGAAACCGUUAGGGUAGUAGCUCUGGAUCACAGUUUUCAUAUACAAUGUUAUAAAUGCGAGGAUUGUAAUUUAGUUUUAUCUUCGGAAGCAGAAGGAAGAGGUUGUUACCCAUUGGACGGUCAUGUUUUGUGCAAAAGUUGCAAUGCCAAACGUGUCCAGGUGCUUACUAAUCAUAUGACUACCGAGCUUUAAGGUAGUCUCCUAUAUAACUGUCAGAAUAAACGCUUCAGUAGAACUAGGCAAUUGAUUGGUUAAAUAAAAGGCUUGUUUGGGUUCGACAAAAAACACGUUUGAAACUGCCAGAGGACUAGUUGAUUAGUGGAUUGUUUAAAAGAUAUAUAUGUGAUGAAUAAUUUUCUAUUCAACUGUUCCACUGGAACUUAGUGGGUUUUCAUCAAAUUUUAAAGAAACUCAAACAAACCAAAAGCCGCAGUUAUUCUUUUUCGAGAUGGAUUUGUUAGUCAGUCAUUUUUAUUAUUUUUCACCAUGUUUUUAAAAUCUUUUGAACAAUUGGACUCAGUGUUGCCAGUUUAGUACAAUUGUACUGGAUUAUUACAUUAUCUAAGAAUCUGGUACUCUAAUACACUCGAAGCAAAGUCUAGUACUUUUUCUUUUUUUAGCCUAUUUCCAUGGUUCGUUCUCGAUAGAAGCGUUCUUUUCUCUUCGAUGAACCAAACCAUCACAAUUCGAAAAAUCUUGUACAAUUUAUAGAAUCUGGUACAUUUCUCAGACAAAUCUGGUACAUAAAAAUAUAUUCUGGCAACACUGAUUGGACUACUAUUUAUUACAUCUCGAAAUAGAAUAAAAAUAUAUUUAUUAGAAAUGCUAAGGACAUUAAAUAGGAUAUUUCAAGUGCAAUCAUUUAAAAAAAAAAAACUCUUAAUAUUCCAAAUUUAUUAAAAUGUGAAUAGAUAGUUGGCGCUGAAAAAUUAAUAUACGAGGUACAAUCGCAAAAUAAUCGAAAGUUAUUGGAAAAGUCUGUAUAACAAUGCAUUUAUUUUAAACUUUAUUCUUCUUUUGUAUAAUCGGUCAUUGUCCAUUUGAAUAGGAGAUAAUUUUUUAUAAAUUUUGUUUUGGAGGUUAAUGAUAUUUGUCAUUUUAUAUAAAAUUGUCCUCUUAUAUACAGUAAAACAGCUAUAGCAGAAGUCGCCAAAGUUAUAUGCGCUGUGAAUAGAAUAGCGGAGUUGUGCAUUUUAAGAUGUUUUGAGUGUACAAACUCGCGAAAUUGUAGAUUCUGUUUUAAAAUUUACUCAGGAGGAAGCAUAAUAUAGAAAAAAAUCUCUUUAUCGAAUUUUAUAAAAUACAAGAACAAGUAACUGAGUUGACAUAUAGGGCUACACUUUCAAUUUCCAUAGAAACAAUAAUUAGUUGAUAUGGAUCUAUAUAAUAUUAGGGACUUAUCUUCAUUGCCAAUGAAAAUGCCAAAAAAUUCAAAUUUUGCCCUUUUCUUUAAAUUUCUCCAUUACGGUCCAUUUUAGAGAAAUUAUGUAUAGAACGAAAAUUAUAAAGAAUGCCAUUACAAACAACUCUUAUUGAAAGAUUUUUUAUAAUACAAUAAAUAACAGAAAUAUGAUUAAAAUUUGAAAAAAUACCUUUAUAAAGUACCUUCCCAGUUGUUCCGACUAUGCUCAAAAUCUUAUCAGCUCAUCCAGGAAGGGUUAAAGUGAGGGGUAAACCACUACGGUCAAGACGUACCUGUAUUUCGGAAAUCACCUAAAAUUCGUAUGAUUUCAGUAAUUUCACCGAAAUACACCUUAAUUUUACACGAUUUUGGUGAUUUCCCCGAAAUCCCCCUUAAUUUUAUGCGAUUUUUGUGAUUUCAGCGGAAUCAUUGCAUAAAAUUUCCUUUGAUUUCCCUAUAAAUUGUCUUCAAAUGACUUUUAUUUGAAAACUUCUUCACUGCUUGUUUGCUCGACCUUUUUUUGUCUCUUAUCUAAUAUUUUGUUCCACAAGCCGCAGCCUCUGUAUUUAUAGUUCUAAGUAACAAAUUUAUUUCGGUGAAGAAAUUAUAAAUAAGUCCGUUUUCCUUAAAUUUUUUAUCAUUUCUUUGUCACCGUGUAACACCCCUUAUUUAUUUCCUUAGCAAAAAAGGUUUAGGAAUUCCUUUUAUUUAAGAAAUAUUACACAACUUGGCAACAGUGUGUCCAUUGUGCAUUGAGAUGCUAUGAUGAUAAGUGUCCACAAUAAAUGUCCAUUUAAUUAAAUGGAUUCAUUUAAAUGAUAUAAAAACAUUUUUAUUUCGUCAAUCUUCAAUUUUCAAAUAUAAAAAAAUGAUCGAUCGAAAUAUAAAUCGACCUACCCAGAUAACAAUUAUACAUUCCUAGUAUAUACUUUUUAAGAAUACUCAUAUGCUGAGAAUAUACUUUAUUUGCAUAUUCAUUCUCAGAAUAUACUAUGCAUAUGUUGCGUGACGUUGUUUAUACGUACUAUGCAGAUGCUGAGAAUGUACUUCAAGUAUGUGUACAGUAUGCAAUAAGUAUCUCCUUUCAUUUGAUAGUACGUUCUAAGUAUAUGCUAGGCAUAUACUAGACACCCUAAUACAGGAUGUUUCAUAAGUCUUGACCAUUUUUUAAAUAUUUAUUUCCAAAAAUUCAUACUUAUUUUUAUUACAAAUUCUUUCCUUGGCCUUAACCAACCAAUAUUUUAUUGUAUCAAUGGCUUAUUAUGGCUUGAGUUUCAUUUGCUUGCUUCCAUUGGAUCUUCAUUGAACAUAAAAAAUUAAAAAAUCAACAAAUUUCGUACAUAUUCAAAUUACUUGUACAUAAUUAAUGGAAUAUUUUAAAUAUUUUUGUCGAACGUAAAACAUUAAAAAUUGUACAUGGCAUUCCAUUAACAAAAACAAGAGUUGCAUAAAUGAUUAUUAAGUUUAGUGAAAGUUUAAAUAUAUUUUUGUUAAUUGCUUACCAUCAUUUUGUAGUUUUCGUUCUCCUUUAGCUAAUUUUCUAGUUCUUCAAGGUCAAUUUCUGGCCUUACAGGAUUCUUUUCGUAGAAAGUGUGUAUGUAAUUCUGGUAACACUGUAUUUUAGUUUCAAAUUGCCAUUAGUAUCACAGAUCACUUUAGUAUUAACCAUAUUAAUAAAUUCAUACUAGCAAUUAUUCUGUGUUGGGAUAUCCUGUGUUCUAACAUCACUUAUAGGUCCUUAAAACUACAAAUAUAGUAAAAUUUGUAUGUUAUGUUAUUAUUCUUCUUCUCUUUUAUUAAGGUUGUGAAUGUUUUUUGGCGUGAACACUCAACAUUAGUGCGUUUGGUAGCGAAUUAUCAGAUCGUCAUCUGGGAAAAAUAAUAGAUAUGUAUAUAAACAUGUAUUUGGUGUUAAUUUUUACCUGUAAGCAUUUAAAACAUUCUUAGAACAUGAGAUACAUGCUGGGUAUAUAACUUGUAGUAUAUUCUAAUGCCCUGUUAUAGCACGUGCUCAGUAUAUACUUUUUAGAAUAUAAUUUUAAGGCACGUAGUCAGUAUAUACUUUUUAGAAUAUAUUUUCAAAGCACGUAUUCAGUAUAUACUUUCUAGUGUAUACUUUCAAAGUAUAUUCUAGGUAUAUUCUUAGAACAUUCUGGAAAGGACCUACUAAAAAGAACAUAAACAGAACGUUCCUAAUAUAUUCAUAGAACAUUAAUGUUAUGUGGGUAAGUCGUCAUUUUGAUUACACUUUUCCAUCACUCUUAGCACCUUGAACACGUGCAGACAAUCAAUAACUAGUCUUUAUAACAUACAUUAUUGAUUUUUCAUACAUCGACAUAAAUAUGUUAUUCCUGUCUCUUUUUAUAUAACAAAUUAGAAUAACUAUGUUCUGGUUUGAAAUAUUUUUUAUUCCUUUUAUGUUAGAAAAUGUAAUAAAUUUGAAUUGAAUUUAUAAUAAUUUUUUGGUACCAAAUGAACUCUAAUAUAUUUUUUAAUUUAUUAAACUUGACAACGUUGCUACCAACGAGCUAUCAAAUUACUACAUAAAAAGUAAAAAUUACUAAAAAUCUGCCAAUAUGUUUGUUGCAAAUUGGUUCAAACAGUAGGUCAGAAUAUUUUUGUUCUGAAAUGAACGAUGUGGUAUUGACCUUUUAGUUGGACCGCUGUUGAUUAUUUUACAAUUAUCACGUAAAUGAGUAUGCCAGAUCUGUGGACGUAUUCAAGAACCAUGGAUGUUAGUACAACCUUAAGCACAAUUUUUAAAAGUUCUUAUUUUUCUCUUACUGAAAAUAUGUUAUUUAAAAUGAUGACUUAUGUAUUUAAAUAAGAUUAGGUACUAAUAAAAUUAAAAAUGACGUUUAUUUUAAAGCUUGAUUUAAUAAUGACAUUUGCGUCGAGUUUGAAACGUUAAAAAUUGUCAAAAAUGUUAAUGUAAUUUUUUUAUCAUCAGCCUGCUGCUUGGAACAUAAUAAAUUUGGCAACGCGGCAUAAAUCGUUCUUUCCGUCGUGUUUGACGUUGUCCAUCAGAGCCUUUGCAUGUUCUCCAACUUCGAAAACUCCGUUGGUAAUUUUAAAAACACAAAUUUUUUGUCGAGUUUUCUAGUCUAUAGUAAAAUGAACAAUAUGAAAUAUCCUAUUAUUGUUAAAUUUGUAUAAAACUAGAUUGAUGUUAUGUUGUGAAAGAUGCUUACUUUUUGGAAUAGAUAAAUGAUGGUUAUAUUAUUUUAUAUCGGUUUUUCUUUUAAUUUUAAACCGGCUUUGUUUUUUUUUUUAGUUAAGUAAAAUUAUUUUCUACUCUAGAAAAAGUCACAACUAAGAUUCAAACUUUUAUAACUUCGUAAAAAAGACCGAGCCCAUUUAGAAUUAAUUUAUUAUGUGCAAUUUUUAUAAGGUUGUGUGUAUAAUUAUUGUAAAAUUUCCUUUCGUAUUUAGUAAUUUAAACCUUAAAAGUGGGUGUUACUAGAUAAGAAGGGACAAUUUACAUUUGCACUUCAACUAUAUGACCUAUAGACAAUUCUCUUCGUAAUAAAUAAAAUAUAACACGACUGGAACCUAAAUAGGUAAGCAGACGCAUAUGUUUAUUUUCUUUUUUCUUUUCUUUAAUCGUCAGCCUCAUUAAUUAUCAUUAACAUCAUCCAUAAACAACCACCGUUGAUAUAGGCUUCCACCAAAUUCUUCCAUUGACUCUUUUUUGAGCAAUGUUGAUCCAAUUUUCCAUAAUUUCCUCUUAAUAUCUUGAUCCAAUUAGUCUGCAGCCAAACUCUUAUUUUCUUCUUUCUGGCCUUCAUACUUUUCUAAUAACAUCGAUGACUUCAGUUCUUUGUAGUUUUGCUGUGCUUUAUUACUUCAUCUCAUCUUGAAAUUCUCAGCAUUACCCCAUCCAAAGUUCUCGAGCUGCUCUCAAUUUGCUUGCUGAUACUUUUAUAACUAAAGAGGCAUUUUCAUCGCAUAAGAAAUUUAUUUUACCCUAUGAAUUGAUCAAAUCUUCCUUAUCAUUUGUUUAGUGGUUUUCAUUCUACCAAUUUGUUUUUCUUUUUUUUUUUUCUCUCAAACAUUUAACUUGAUGAUUAUUCUGCAUACUUUAUUUAAAAGUAAAAACGAGAAUUGUCUGUAUCAGUAGUUUAAGAAUAAUAUUGUGAUUAUUGGGCAAGUUUUUAUAUUCUAUAUAUUUUUUGACAUUCCAUAUACCUAUACAUUAAAAUAUUUUAGUAAAUAGUGAGACUAUUAUUUAUAAUUUUAUAUACUAUUAUUUUAUGUUUAAAAAAUGCUUCAGCUUCAAAAAUUGCUUCUCAAAAUAUAAUUGAAUAGGAAAAUUCUAAAAGUCUUCUGUAAAAAUAUGGUGUAGAUAUCCAAAAAUAAUAAUGUAAAAUAUUACUAACAAUUUUUAUAGUUUCAAGGCAUUUUCUAAAUAUUCAUUAUGUUGCAAAAUUGUUAUGAUAUUGAAUUAUUUAAUGAAAUGCCCUAGGCGUAUAUAUUUUUUUUGUUUUAAAAUAUCUUUUCUGGUCAAAACGUGUAACAUGUGAUUUUUAUUAAUUUUUAUAUAGUGCCAAUAUAUUUUAAGGAAUUCAAUAAAUUUUUGAUAAUAC